AGGAGCAAUCCGCAAGAUCAUCUCAUCGUUAGUGGCUCACAAGCCAACAGGUCGGCACCAAUAUCUCUUUUCCUUCGGCUCCAGCCAAUCUAUCAUUGCUCCAUCCACUCCCUCGAACAGAGAGCGCCAGCCACUGAGAUUGAGCUAGCAGCAGUCAGCAAGCGAGGUAGCUAGCCUAGCCAUGCUCGGCCUCCGCUGCCUCGUCGCCGCGCCCGCCGCAGCACCGCCGAGGACGCGGUGUAGCGCCGCCACGCCGCCGGGGAAGGUCGGCCGGGCGUCCCUGGCCGUCCCCGCGGCUGCCUCGCUCUCGCUCGUCCUCUGGUCCAGUCCAGUGAACGCCGGCAUCCUGUCAGGUUUCUCGGGGUUGGAGUCGACUCCUGGCCCCGAGCUGCCCCGGGUGGAGUUUCUGGAGAAAUGGAAUGCGGAGAACCAGAAGAAGUACGCCGAGUUUGAUAACAGGUUCAAGAACUCCAAGGUGCUCCAGGAUCUGCUCGAGAAGUCCAAGAAGAACAAAGAGAAGAACGAGAGGCAGAUCCAGGACAAGUACUGCCUGCGCGGCGCCGAGUGGGGCGUCGGGGACUGCUCCACGGAGGGGAUGUCGGAUCAGGAAAGGGAGGACUUCAUUUCGGAGCUGAAAAAGAGAACUGGAGCAGAAUAACGAGCUGAGGGCACGAUUUCCAGCAGAUUCGCCGCUGUAGUGUUCCCGAGGAUGGCUGCCUUUGAGAGCCGAAUUACCGGGGGAGAUUGGGUUGGAGGAAGGAAGAAGCACAUCAGGAAUGUACACAAGCAAUGUAGCCCACAAUGUUUUUCCAAAGGCCACUAGGAGUGCCAGGAGAUAUGUAAAUGCAUUUGUGCCUACUAGCAGCAGACUGAUGUAAAAUAGGCUUUACUGUGACUGGACCGGAUGGCAAGUUCCUAAAAUUUCCCUUGUUCUUGAAGAA